ACAUCACCAAAUUGAUUUUUUUGAACACCAAUUUAAUAUGUCGUUCAUUUGAAAAAUGGAGGCAACAUAUGGGACUGUGUCCUUCUCAAACAAAAAUACAGUUUUGUGUUAUUAUUUUUUUUUUUACAGCUUUAUGUCAACUACAUUUAACAUGGAUACAAAUUAUUGGGAUACAUUGGCUAUAAAUGAACUGUUUGAACCUAAUAUUACUUAUCCAGACAUGAAUAUUAUAAAAUGUCUUAGUAGAUACAACGCUGCAUUGUUAAUAGUUGAUACAAAUGAGAUGUGGAAUAAGUAUGUAACCACUAUGGUCAAAUUAAUAUCUGAUGCUGGUAUUACAGAAAUUCAUAAACUUGCUUUAAUUAAAGUAUCUAUACAUUGCGCUCACAAGAAAAAAAAAUUGACACCAAGUCAUUAUAUUCAUUUGAUAUAUAAUUCAAAAGGUUCAAUGACCCUGGACUUUUUAGAUUGGGGCAUUGAAGCAUAUCCGAAUGACACACGUAUCUUAGAAGUGAAUAUAAAUUUUAAACUAACUGAUAAAGAUGAACUAAUUGCUUACGAGUUAUUUAAAGAAAAUGCUUAUAAAGUUUCAAGCACUCUGUGGCUUAUAGUUAUUAAAUAUUUUUUAAAUAAGCCACAGAUAUGGCAUAUUUUCAACAUGGCAUUUGGAGAUGAAUCUGUGUGUUGUAACGAAGUAAAAAAAAAGCUUGCAAAGGAGUAUUUGUUGUGGUUAAGCAAAAAUAAGUCUUUGAAUGAUGCUCGAAACGCAUACUUGUUGUUGAACACAAACAACAGUUGUGAUGCAAGUCUGUGCAAGACCAUGGUAAAUCUAGAAAACCGACAACAGAUAAUAGAUGUCAGCAAGAUUAGGGAGCAUUUUACAUUAGCAUGCAUGCAGUUUGGUAAAACCAAUAUCGGUUAGUUAAUUCUUUCUAUAUAUUAUUCAAGUUAAGAACUGUUGUAGCGGCAAUACUAUAUAGCAGGUAUACUAAUAGUUGACUUGUUGGGGGUGACAAAAGAGUUUUGCCUGAUUGUGGUCCAAAAGAAACUGGUCGCUGCCAACUAUGUUUCUUAACUUGAAUAGA